GCUGCCAUUUCCAUUCCAGGGACAGGAGAGAGUGGCAAGAGCACCUUCAUCAAGCAGAUGAGGAUCAUCCAUGGGUCGGGAUACUCCGAUGAAGACAAGAGGGGCUUUACCAAACUGGUGUAUCAGAACAUCUUCACAGCCAUGCAGGCCAUGAUCAGAGCUAUGGACACUCUCAAGAUACCAUACAAGUAUGAACACAAUAAGGCUCAUGCACAAUUAGUCCGAGAGGUUGACGUGGAGAAGGUGUCUGCUUUUGAGAAUCCAUAUGUAGAUGCAAUAAAGAGCUUGUGGAAUGAUCCUGGAAUCCAGGAGUGCUAUGAUAGACGACGAGAAUAUCAGUUAUCUGACUCCACCAAAUACUAUCUAAACGACUUGGACCGUGUAGCCGACCCUUCCUAUCUGCCUACACAGCAAGAUGUGCUUAGAGUUCGAGUCCCCACCACAGGAAUCAUCGAAUACCCCUUUGACUUACAAAGUGUCAUUUUCAGAAUGGUCGAUGUAGGGGGCCAAAGGUCAGAGAGAAGAAAAUGGAUACACUGCUUUGAAAAUGUAACCUCGAUCAUGUUUCUAGUAGCGCUUAGCGAAUACGAUCAAGUUCUUGUGGAGUCAGACAAUGAGAACCGAAUGGAGGAGAGCAAAGCACUCUUUAGAACAAUUAUCACAUAUCCUUGGUUCCAGAACUCCUCUGUUAUUCUGUUCUUAAACAAGAAAGAUCUUCUAGAGGAGAAAAUUAUGUAUUCCCACCUAGUCGACUACUUCCCAGAAUAUGAUGGACCCCAGAGAGAUGCCCAGGCCGCUCGAGAAUUCAUCCUGAAGAUGUUCGUGGACCUGAACCCUGACAGUGACAAGAUUAUCUACUCCCACUUCACAUGCGCCACAGAUACCGAGAACAUCCGCUUCGUCUUCGCUGCCGUCAAGGACACCAUCCUGCAGCUGAACCUGAAGGAGUACAAUCUGGUCUAACCGUGCCUCCCAGAAACCAUUCUUCCCUUCCCUGUGGGCUGUUGAAGAUAACCAAGAAGGACUGUAUUCUGUGGGAAACAAUUUGCAUAAUACUAAUUUAUUGCCGUCCUGGACUCUGUGAGCGUGUCCACAGAGCUGUAGUAAAUAUUAUGAUUUUAUUUAAACUAUUUGGAGGAAACAGAAUGCUGAAGUACAGUCCCAGCACAUUUCCUCUCUUGUUUUUAGGCAGACCUUGAGACCGGUGUAUUUGAAAUUUUCACUCAUUCACUCACAGUAUAAAAGCACUCCUGUCACAUGUGUUCUCUCUCUCUCUCUCUCUCUCUCUCUCUCUCUCUCUCUCUCUCUCUCUCUCUCUCUCUCUCUCUCUCUCUCUCUCUCUCUCUCUUUCUCUCCAUUCCUUUCCUUUCCUUUCCUUUCCUUCUCCCUCCUCCUCUUUUCUAUUGACCAAAAACAAAGCCGAUGUUCCGAACUUCUUCCUGUUUCAUCCUCCCUGCUGAUUUUACUUUCUCUCAUAUUACAAUGGCCUUUACCCUAGUUCCAUUCUUGGUCAAGUUUCUUUCUCGAGUGAUGCAGUCAGGACAGUGUCAUUCGAUUGAAGUCAUCUUACAUCAGCUUCAUUUAAUAGUGGUUCUGCUGAAGGCGUGUAUGUAUUAAUUACUACUAUGGUUUUAAAUGUAUCUCUCUGGAUGCACAUCACAUCUAGUAUUCCUUUUUCAAUACAUACAUAUAUAUGUAUGUAUAAUAAAUAUAUAUAUAUAUAUAUAUUGUCUUGUCUCACCUGGACUAGGACAGUGGUGCCCAUCGGUGGUUACGAGUCAUGUAUUUUAGGUGCAGACCUUCAGCUGUAGCUGGAUUGUUCAGAGAAAUGUAUGGAAGUCAGGGUGUGGGUACAGGCUGGGAAGGAGUCCAUGCUUCUACAAUCCAUGUGCCAUGUCCUUCCUCUCUCUUCCUUGCUCCCUUUUGUUUCUCUUUAGGUUUUUCACCCUCUCUGUAAACCACAGAUGCCAAAUGAUAUGCCAACAGACACUACAUUCCCCAGCAGCUGCUGCCAGAGCCCUCCUGUAGCUCCUCAUUUUGUUUAUUUUUAGCUUUCUUUUCCUCUUGCCCCACUUUGUGUUUGGGCCAUAAUUUUAAAAUAAUUUUUGCUAUGUAUAUAUGUUGCCAAAGCCAGAUUUUUAUAAGACAAAAUAAAUUAAAAAUUUCAAAGGUAUCAAAAUGUAAGCAUUAAGACCACACAGUGAGAGGACAGCGUGCUAUGAACCGGAAACACACAUUGCCAAACAGUUGCUAACUCUGAACUGCUUCUCAUGGUCCGUUCUUU